GGGGGUCAUGUCCAGAGGCCCAGGCUCCGCGAUCCUACCCGCCGCCCUGGGGUCCCGAAGGCCGGCCCCCCGGAGCUUCAGCUGUCUGUCAGACCUGGAAAGGAGCGCGGGCGUGGAGCUACGGCCCUGUAGGCCCCCGGGGAGCCCGGGCUGCGCACCGCAGCCCUUGCGGGCACCAUCGGGCUGCGACCCCCACCUGCGGCCCAUCAUCCUGCGGCGGGCGCGCUCGCUCCCCAGCUCCCCGGAGCGCCACCAGAAGUCCGCGGGCGCGCCAGGCGCGCCGUGUCGGCCGGGCUGCAGCCGGCAGCUCCGCGUGCGCUUCGCAGACGCACUGGGCCUGGAGUUGGCACAAGUUAAGGUGUUCAACACAGGAGACAACCCAUCAGUGCCGCUGCACGUGCUAUCGCGGCUCGCCAUCAACUCGGACCUCUGCUGCAGCAGCCAGUACCUGGAGUUCACCCUGCAGUGCCUGGUGCCCGAUUUCCCGCCGCCCAUCGAGGCCGCGGACUUUGAGGAGCGCCUGCAGAAUCAGUUUGUGUGCCUAGAGCGUGUCACUUGCUCAGACCUUGGCAUCAGCGGUACCGUGCGCGUGCGGAACGUGGCUUUCGAGAAGCAGGUGGCGGUGCGCUACACCUUUUCUGGCUGGCGCAGCACACACGAAGCGAUAGCGCGAUGGCGCGGGUCAGCGGGUGCCGAUGGCUCGGAGGACGUCUUCGCCUUUGGUUUCCCGGUGCCUCCCUUCUUGCUGGAGCUCGGCUCACGCGUACACUUUGCACUGCGCUACCGAGUGGCUGGUGCUGAGUACUGGGACAACAACAGCAGCCAGGACUACAGCCUCACGUGUCGCAGCCACGCACUGCACAUGCCACGGGGAGAGUGUGAAGAGAGCUGGAUCCACUUCAUUUGAGCUGCAUGGGGGCCGGGAACCUGGAGCUUCGGCCCACAAGGUGCUCCUGCUGUCAUUCUGUGUGGGGCACUCACAUCUACCGGGUUGUGCUAACCCUAUGCCCCACCCCACCCCCCAAGUCGUCUGACUUCAUUUCCUGCUGCUAGGUCCCCUGGAAGUGCCCAUCUUGUAUUUGAGACGUCUCUGUCACCUGGUCUGAAAUGUAGCCUCAGGUGGUCAGAAGGCCAAAAUGAAUUGCGUCAUGUGCUGGGGGAGGGGGGUGGGCAGGUGCAUGGGAGUCUUGGCCUCUCUGGGGAGGGCUCCGAGAGGGAUUUUCUUUAAAAGGCCUGAGUCUGCUAGGAAGGCCUUUUGCAUGCAUCCUGAAUGUGUGUAUCUAAAUGUAGCUGUUAUUUAUUAUUGUGAUGCUGGGACCUUUGGCCCAUAGCGGAUCCUGCCUCAGGAACAUUCUAGACUUGCAAGCUUAUGCAAAGGUCAGUUCUGUUGUGUUUGUGCUCCUCGUCAACAGACUGUUUAGUAUGACCCCCAUCGUGGUCCCUCCUGGAAUUCCUGUCCCAGGACAAGGAAAACUUGAGACCUUGUUUGCUCGCCAAUGUCUGUAGCCUUCUAACAGUGGGAAACUAUUAAUAGGCAAGAAAUUUAUGUCUCAUCAGUCAUCACACAACCAUUCCUAGGCCUUGAGGCUGCCCUGGUCAGGCUGUGUGUCUCCUACACCAACAGCUGAAGAGGAGAAAAAACUUCAAACUUUUAAACUGCAAACAGCUCUUUCCCUGCAUCACUCCUCUGAUUUCAUGUAUUUCUUCUGUACAUGCUUGAUAAUUACACAUUAGGCCAUUCUGUUUAGGUUUGAAACUACCUAAACAUUUAAAGAAAUCCUGCCUUAAAUUAUUUCAAUUUUCAGGUGACUACAGAAUUUCAGGCAACAGUGCCCUUUGCAAUUACCUUUUUGAUAACUAAGGUGACUCUUUUCAUUUCUUUAUAAGCAUCAGAAAAUUCCAGCAUUUAUAUUUCUAGAGUCCAGUUACCAAGUGGAACUAGAUGUUUUCAGCAGUAGCCAGAGCACUGGAGGGAAAAAUAACUUACAAAUAUUUAUACUUUUAUAUUGUUUUAAGCUGCAUUACAUGACACGUUUUAUCAGCUACCUGCCAACUUUAUUCUUUGUGCCUUCGCA